AUGUCGGAUGCACCCUGGGACCGAUUAGAUCCGAUCCACGGGAGAAUAUGCUCGUUCGUACCGAUCUCGAUGGCACAGGAUCAAGCUGAUCCAAAACAAGUCGCAUUUACAUUUUCUGAGAUGAACGAUGAAAAGUCUGAAUCGUCCUGUCAGGAUGAAGUCCUGUCAGCAAAUUUCGAUCAGACCGAUUUUAGCGUUAACCCAGAUGUUUCACUGUGGAAAGGCAAUGAUUCCAUGAAUCAGCAAGAUACGGUAAUACACGAGGAUAAGAAACCAAUUGAGGAGCAACUCACACAAUUCGAAACAAUAUCAGUAUUAUUAAACAACAAUGAUCAGAAAGAGUCUCCGUCUUUGAUAGAAGAUAACAGUAUUAACUCAACUAUUAAAAAUUCUGCUUCCUUAAGUAAUUUAUCAGAGAAUAAGUUUUUACAAUGUGAAGCAUUAAUCAAUGACACAGACCUUCCAGAUGAAAAGUCUCUUCAAAAAUCAGCUUCCUACAAUGACAUUGCAUUAUCUAAUUCAUUUUCAUGUUUAUCUUCAGAUGUAGUCUCUAAUAAUGCUCCAAAAUCUAUGAUAUCAGCUGAUUUUAAGGAACAAAAGUCAGCAUCCAAUGACGAAGAAGAAACACUUUUCAGUACUAAGCUACAAAUAGACACUGAUCAAACAAUAUCUUCAAAAGAAAAUAUUAUUCAAAAUUCUGUUGUAAAUGAAAAAUUAACUGACAGUAGUAAUCAUCGGACAGAAACUUUGAAAAAUGUAGAGUAUGAAAAAAUCUAUAACAAAGAGGCAAAGAUCUAUUCAAUCAUCAUAGUUCGGCCGACUCUUGUUGAUGAUAGCAAGUUGGUUAAAAUUUCACUGCCAACGAAUCCAAUUAACAUAAUGCAAUCGAAUGCUCAGUUCUUGAAUAAGAGUCGUAACUUUUUGAACUUUAUUACAGAGAAGUCAACCAAUAUAAUGGAGAAAGCACUAUUACCACAGCAUUUAUCUGUGAAGUACAAUUCGAUGAUGAAGUCUAUAGAUAAUAGUUAUAACGACAAGAAGUAUAUAGAAGAAUCUUGUAGUACAAAAUCUCCUCCAACAGAAACAACAAAUGCUGGCGAAUCGUGUGCAAUAGAAAAAACAACGGAUAUAUCGUAUUCAUUAAAAAGUCAACUGGAUACAGAGAGUGUCAGAAAAGAAUGUACAAUGAAUUGUGAAAGUAAAAAGACUUUGAUAACAAGUCAAAAUGAAAAUACAUGUGUUAACACAGAAACAAGUGAUAAGAAUUAUGAUAAUCCUUCCGACUCUUGCCUGAGCAAUUCAAAACAAAUAGAACCAUAUUCUGUUAAUGAUAAAAGUAAUACAGCAAAUGAAAUUGCUACCUGUAUGAAAGCAAAUGGGAAUUGCGACGAAUAUAUUAAUUCCAGAGUAUCUGACUAUCAGGGCAAUAGUAUCGACUCCGAAAGUUCCAAGCAGAGUUUGUUGAAACAUCCAGCAUAUCUUACUUUGCUAAAAGAUUAUGCAGAUUUCAAAACGAAGUGUAUAAAAUUGCAAGAGAAGGUUGAAUAUUUGGAAGAAAAGAAUCGGACGUUAGAAACAGAAAGUAAUGGAGAGAUCCAUGCUUUACAAGUUGAAACUUUGAAGAAGACAAUAAAUAGAUUAACACUUGAACUGCAUGCAUCAUCAGCGGCACAGGAGACGCUUAAAAAAGAAUAUAGUGGUGCUAAUAAAGAAAGAGAAAGUAUGGUGAUGAAGUAUGUAGUUAGUGAAAAGCAACUGAUUGAUACACAAAGGGCGAGAGAGUGUGCAGAACGCAAAGCAAAAGAGAGCACAAAACAACAGGAGUUGCUUCAAAACAAGUUACGAGAAAUUCAAGGCGAACGAACAAGAAUAUGUAAUAUCUUAGAUGGAAAAUGUCGUGAAGUGACUGAUCUCCAGAAAGAAGUUGAGAAAUUAAAAGAAGAUGUAAACAUGAGGGACAUAAAAUUGAAAUGGACUCAGAACAGACUUAAGUUAGAGAUGGAUACGCAAAAGGAAACUCAGCAGAAGUUAGACAAGGCCACGACCAGAAUAAAUGAAAUGAAGGAGGAAUGUGAACUAGUCCGUAAAGAGGCGCAAGAAUCAAUGCGUAACUUCCAACGAUCAGAAGAAAACAAAGCUGUCACACUGGAUCAACAAUUGAAAGAACAACAAGCACGUCUAAUAUUAGAAAGGCAUGUUACGGAAGAUAAAGAAAUGUUGAUACUUCAAUUGCAGAAAGAGGUGGAGACGUUGAAUCACAGACAACAAGUUUUGAUUGAAGAAAAUAAUACACUCAGUUUAAAGAUACAGAAUGCUGAGAAAAACCGUUUGAAUUACGAGAGCAAUUUGAGUAAUUUGAAGAUCAUAUCGGAUCAACGUCAAAAGGAAAUUGUAGAACUGCGUAGUAAGGUGUCCGAGUUCGAAACAUUGAAAAUUCAACUACAACAUAAAGACCAGUGCCUGCAGUCGAUGGAAGCGGAAACCAAGCAGUUGCGAUCGGCCAACGAGGAAUUACAAGCAGACAUGUAUGCGUGUCGUCAGAAAGAAGCUGAAAUGUUAGAUUUUACACAAAAAUUAACGGAUAAAAAUGUGCGUCUUCAGUCUGAAUUCACAGCCAUCGAAGCCAAGGUGAAACAAUUGGAAGAGGAACAUGGGCCAUUGCAUGAACAAAUCAGACGUUUGAUAGCAAAAGUUCACAUUCUUGAGGAGAGUCUUGCAAAGGAACAGAAAACAAGAAACGAAGACUGUGAGAUUUUAGCUAGGCAUCUCGCCGAACAAACUCAACUUGCGCAAAAUUUUGCUCAGAAAUUAGAGGAUAGCCAAGGGGAGAAUGCUGUGUUGAAGAGAAAACAGCAAAUAAGUACGAAGGAAAUGACAAGGGAGCUGCAACAAUGUAGGAAGAAACUCGAAGCUUUUGAAUCGUCUAUGCCUUACAAUUCACUGGGGGCUGCGUCCAGGGCUGGAUCGAACAUUUCACUGAACACAGGAGAAACAUUAAAUGGUGCCUUAUCUGAUAACAGUAUGAAUGGUGACCAACAUGUUCAAAUUAUGGAACCUAGUAGACAAACGUUAAUAGACCGUAUUAUAAAACUACAAGAAGAUAGUGCUAAAAAGGCUGAGAAAUUAGAUUUUUUCGAGGAACAUUGUCGAACUCUGGUAGAGGAACUACAGAAGAAGACGAAAAUCAUCCAAACAUAUAUUUUACAUGAAAAUUCUGGUGCCAUGGGUAGCAAUGAGCGAGAUAAAUAUAAGCAUAUCAAAAGUAGGAGAAAUGCAGCCGAACUAGCGAGGCAUGGAGGAAUAAUGGCCUCCGUUUACAACCAACGAGUUUCAGAUGAAAAUAUGACUCUGGAGUUAUCAUUAGAGAUUAAUCAAAAAUUGCAAGCAGUUCUCGAGGAUGCAUUAUUUAAAAAUAUUACUUUAAAGGAUAAUAUUGAUACCCUCGGUGACGAAAUAGCAAGGCUAACAAUGCAGAACCAACAAAGGAAAAUUAAAAACUAAAGGUAUACUUGACCGAUGACACACUUGUACUUACUGUGUAAAAAUAAUGGAGUAACACGUGUACACAUUAAAAUACGAAG